GCGCUGCAGCGCGAGGGGCGGAGAGGCAGAGCGCCGGGAGAGGACCAGACGCCCAGGUCGCCCGCAUCCCCGUGCCGCAGGAGCGAGCAAGCGCGCCCCGGCCCUGCUCUCCAGCCUUCGCCCGGGCGCCCCACCUGCUUUCUCGGCUCCAGAGACCGAGCACCUGUCCUCCGCCUCGGCCCCAGCUGAGCACCCCUCCGGAGCGCACACCUCCCCUGCAGCCCGAGAAGUGCCCAGCCCGUCGCCGGCGACCACCAUGGCGGAGACCAACAACGAAUGUAGCAUCAAGGUGCUCUGCCGAUUUCGGCCCCUGAACCAGGCCGAGAUUCUGCGGGGAGACAAGUUCAUCCCCAUUUUCCAAGGGGACGACAGCGUCGUUAUUGGGGGGAAGCCAUAUGUCUUUGACCGUGUGUUCCCCCCAAACACGACUCAGGAGCAAGUUUAUCAUGCGUGUGCCAUGCAGAUUGUCAAAGAUGUCCUUGCUGGCUACAAUGGCACCAUUUUUGCUUAUGGACAGACAUCCUCAGGGAAAACACAUACCAUGGAGGGAAAGCUGCAUGACCCCCAGCUGAUGGGAAUCAUUCCUCGAAUUGCCAGAGACAUCUUCAACCACAUCUACUCCAUGGAUGAGAACCUUGAGUUCCACAUCAAGGUUUCUUACUUUGAGAUUUACCUGGACAAAAUUCGCGACCUUCUGGAUGUGACCAAGACAAAUCUGUCUGUUCAUGAAGACAAGAAUCGGGUGCCAUUUGUCAAGGGUUGUACCGAACGCUUUGUGUCCAGCCCAGAGGAGAUUUUAGAUGUGAUUGACGAGGGGAAAUCAAAUCGUCAUGUGGCUGUCACCAACAUGAAUGAGCACAGUUCUCGAAGCCACAGCAUCUUCCUCAUCAACAUCAAGCAGGAGAACAUGGAGACUGAGCAGAAGCUCAGUGGGAAGCUGUAUCUAGUGGACCUGGCAGGGAGCGAGAAGGUCAGCAAGACCGGAGCAGAGGGAGCCGUGCUGGAUGAGGCAAAGAAUAUCAACAAGUCACUGUCAGCCCUUGGGAACGUGAUCUCUGCACUGGCUGAGGGCACAAAAAGCUACGUUCCAUAUCGUGACAGCAAAAUGACACGGAUUCUCCAGGACUCUCUGGGAGGAAACUGCCGGACAACUAUGUUCAUCUGCUGCUCACCGUCCAGCUACAACGAUGCAGAGACCAAGUCCACCCUGAUGUUCGGGCAGCGGGCAAAGACCAUUAAGAACACUGCCUCAGUGAAUCUGGAGUUGACUGCUGAGCAGUGGAAGAAGAAAUAUGAGAAGGAGAAGGAGAAGACAAAGGCUCAGAAGGAGACGAUCGCCAAGCUAGAGGCUGAGCUCAGCCGGUGGCGCAAUGGAGAGAAUGUGCCUGAGACGGAGCGCCUGGCUGGGGAUGAGGCAGCCCUGGGAGCUGAGCUCUGUGAGGAGACCCCUGUGAACGACAACUCAUCCAUCGUGGUGCGCAUCGCGCCUGAGGAGCGGCAGAAAUACGAGGAGGAGAUCCGCCGCCUCUAUAAGCAGCUCGAUGACAAGGACGAUGAGAUCAACCAGCAGAGCCAGCUCAUAGAGAAGCUUAAGCAGCAGAUGCUGGACCAGGAAGAGCUGCUGGUAUCCACUCGAGGAGACAACGAGAAGGUCCAGCGGGAGCUGAGCCACCUGCAGUCAGAGAACGAUGCUGCUAAGGAGGAGGUGAAGGAGGUGCUGCAGGCCUUGGAGGAGCUGGCUGUGAACUACGACCAGAAGUCCCAGGAAGUGGAGGAGAAGAGCCAGCAAAACCAGCUUCUGGUGGAUGAGCUGUCUCAGAAGGUGGCCACCAUGCUGGCUCUGGAGUCUGAGUUGCAGCGGCUACAAGAGGUCAGUGGACACCAGCGGAAGCGAAUUGCGGAGGUGCUGAAUGGGCUGAUGAAGGACCUGAGUGAGUUCAGUGUCAUCGUGGGCAACGGGGAGAUUAAGCUGCCGGUGGAGAUCAGCGGAGCCAUCGAGGAGGAGUUCACGGUGGCCCGACUCUAUAUCAGCAAAAUCAAGUCGGAAGUCAAGUCUGUGGUCAAGCGCUGCCGGCAGCUAGAGAACCUGCAGGUUGAAUGUCAUCGCAAGAUGGAGGUGACUGGGCGGGAGCUCUCAUCCUGCCAGCUCCUCAUCUCCCAGCAUGAGGCCAAGAUCCGCUCGCUUACAGAAUAUAUGCAGAGUGUGGAACUAAAGAAGCGGCACCUGGAAGAGUCCUAUGACUCCCUGAGCGACGAGCUGGCCAAGCUGCAGGCCCAGGAAACUGUGCAUGAAGUGGCCCUGAAGGACAAGGAGCCAGACACACAGGAUGCAGAUGACGUAAAGAAGGCCCUGGAGGUGCAGAUGGAGAGUCACAGGGAGGCCCAUCACCGGCAGCUGGCCCGGCUCCGGGAUGAGAUCAAUGAGAAGCAGAAGACCAUCGAUGAGCUCAAAGACCUGAAUCAGAAGCUGCAAUUAGAGCUAGAGAAGCUUCAGGCUGACUACGAGAAGCUGAAGAACGAAGAACAUGAGAAGAGCAGCAAACUCCAGGAGCUGACAUUUCUGUACGAGCGACAUGAACAGUCCAAGCAGGACCUCAAGGGUCUGGAGGAGACAGUUGCCCGGGAACUCCAGACCCUCCACAACCUUCGCAAGCUGUUCGUUCAAGACGUCACGACUCGAGUCAAGAAAAGUGCAGAAAUGGAGCCCGAGGACAGUGGGGGGAUUCACUCCCAAAAGCAGAAGAUUUCCUUUCUUGAGAACAACCUGGAACAGCUUACAAAGGUUCACAAACAGCUGGUACGUGACAAUGCAGAUCUGCGUUGUGAGCUUCCUAAAUUGGAAAAACGACUUAGGGCUACGGCUGAGAGAGUUAAGGCCCUGGAGGGUGCACUGAAGGAGGCCAAGGAAGGAGCCAUGAAGGACAAGCGCCGGUACCAGCAGGAGGUGGACCGCAUCAAGGAGGCCGUCCGGUACAAGAGCUCCGGCAAGCGGGGCCAUUCUGCUCAGAUUGCCAAACCCGUCCGGCCCGGCCACUACCCAGCAUCUUCACCCACCAAUCCCUAUGGCACCCGGAGCCCUGAGUGCAUCAGUUACACCAACAGCCUCUUCCAGAACUACCAGAACUUGUACCUGCAGGCUGCGCCCAGCUCCACCUCAGACAUGUACUUUGCAAACUCCUGUACCAGCAGCGGGGCCACAUCUUCCGGCGGGCCCCUGGCUUCCUACCAGAAGGCCAACAUGGACAAUGGAAAUGCCACAGAUAUCAAUGACAACAGGAGUGACCUGCCUUGCGGCUAUGAGGCUGAGGACCAGACCAAGCUUUUCCCUCUCCACCAAGAGACGGCAGCCAGCUAAUCUCCCUCAUGGACUGCCGCAUACCUGCACUUUCAGUUUCUAAGAGGGCCUGAGGCCUCUCCUCUCAGCAUGCUGCAAACCUGUGGUCUCUGAUACUAACAACUCCCUCCCAACCCUAGUUGUUCAACUGUACUGUUUGAUGUCUUCUCUUACUCUGUACCUCUUUGUACUCUGUAUCUGUAUAUCAAAAGCUGCUGCUAUGUCUCUCUUCUCUCUGUCUUACUCUCUAAGUAUCUAAUGAUGUAUUUAGCAAUUUCUAAGCAUAGUAUACUCACUCUCCUCAUUUGGGGCAAUAGGGAGGAGGGUGAGUGUUUCUUCUUUCAAACACGCGUCUCUCACACUGAGUGGUAUUAGUCAUGGAGAUGAUAAAAGGAAAAAUGGGAGCUAGAGGGCCGUGAUCCUUCACACGCACGCGCACACGCACGCACACACACACACACACACACACACACAAAGCCUUAAGUGGAAGAAUGUCUUAGCGUCAGAAGAAGACACAGAAAUAGACUCUCCCCCUCCUUUUUCACCGACAGCACAGGGGAGGGUAACCUGGAAGGACUGCUACCUGACACGUAGAAUUUUC